AUGACGUUGGGCAAGCGCAAGCGCGCGCCAUGGCAGGCCGAGGCCAAGGAGCACCAGUGGGAGCGCCAGCAGCAGUUGCAGGCCAUGGACAUGACCACGGCGAUGCAGCAGAUGACCGGCCAGGCCCGCAUGCAGUUCCGCGGCGUGCAGGCCAGCGCCAUGGCCGCCAUCCAGCAGGGCCGCAGCCCGGUGGUGGCCAUCAUGCCCACGGGGGGUGGCAAAAGCAUGUUGUUCAUGUUACCCGCGUGGGCCGUGCCCGGCGGCACCACCAUCGUGGUGGUCCCGUUGAUAUCGUUGCGCCAGGACAUGGCGCGGCGGUGCCGGUAG